AUGGGUGCAUUAGUGAUAAAGUAUAUUAUUGACGGGAUGAGGCCGAGUAGGCUCUCGACUGAACGGCUAGUAUCACUCGCUCCGGGGUGUGAUUCAAUACACUCGACUUCAACAGCACCGGGCAAACCUCGUGCCCACACAAGCUCUAUGACCGGUGCCAAAGGGCAGGGCAAACCUCGUGCCCACACAAGCUCUAUGACCGGUGCCAAAGGGCAGUUUGUGGCUAUUCUCGGGCAUCCACCUGUCCGGGUCAAACAGGGAGUGGUUGGGGUAGAACUCCUCGCAAUGGUGUACGGCAUAGACAGGGAUCUCAACUGUCUGUCCCUUUUCCACCACAAUCCCGGUGUCGCCCAACUUGUAGUCCUCAGCUGCCAUACGUCCCAACCGUAUGGAAAUGGUGUGCAUUCGCAGGGUUUCCGAGACAACGGCGUCUAA